GCUGCAUUCAUUUCAUCGGUGGUUUGGACAUCAUGUGCAGAGAUUUCCACCUGGAUGGCUCAAGGGAUCUCGGUCAACUCCAUACCUCCAUCACGAUGGGGUUGCCUGUCAGCAUCAACAUGGUCAAGGCCCUCCCCGACAUAUACAUCCACUCCAUCACCGUCGUUGUUGACCCCACGAAACAUGGCCACAUCCACCCAGAAGCGUCUUCAUAUAAUGCCAUCCAAU